AUGAAGAAAAUAUUUUUUGGAAGAAUAUUAAUACCUGAUUUGCCAUUGAACGAAACUCUAUUUCCAUUUCAUCUCCAUAAAAAAAUGAAAGCCAUAUUAUUAACCCUUUUUGUUCUCAUUUGUUUUGUUUCUGCAAAUGAAUUAUUAGAAAAAGAGUUAAAAGUUGUUAAUGAUAAACUUAAAGAUAAGAGUCUUCAAAAAGAUGAACGGAAAAUGCUUGAAUUUCAUAAGACCGAAAUUAUUAAAGCUAUUAACAAGAAGAAUGAAGCUAAAAAUAUGAAAGGAUCAACAAAAUUAGUUCAAACACUAAAGAAAAAUACAAAAUCAAAUAAAAAGUAA